AUGGGGUACGAAAGGCUCGGACCAUCCAAGGCAAGUGGUUCGGUCACCACAACUACAGCUGCUCCGGUUCCGAACCUAAGCAAAGACUCCACGUCAGCACAACCGGAGAAUGUUAAUCGGAGAAGAAAGAAGCUUGUAGUGUCUUCAAUCGUCGUAGCCUUCGCACUCAUUCUCGCCGCCGCGAUCUUCGCCGGAAUCAGAACACAAGUUAAAUCGUCGCAACAUGUCCCAGGCCUAGCUCGGAAACCAAGCCAAGCAAUUUCAAAAGCCUGUGAGUUGACUCGUUUCCCCGAGUUAUGCGUUGACUCACUCAUGGAUUUCCCCGGCUCACUCGCCGCCUCCUCCGCCAAAGAUCUGAUCCACGUGACGGUGAACAUGACGCUCCACCACUUCAGCCACGCACUCUACUCCUCUUCCUCCUUCUCCUUCCUCGACAUGCCGCCACGUGUCCGCUCCGCCUACGAAUCUUGCAUCGAGCUGCUAGACGAUUCCGUGGACGCCCUCUCACGCGCUCUCUCCUCCGUCGUCUCCGUAUCCGGCGGUCAAACCAAGCCGCAGGACGUGAUGACAUGGCUGAGCUCGGCUCUUACGAACCAGGACACUUGCGCUGAGGGAUUCGACGGCGUCGGCGACGGUGGAGUUAAGGAUCAGAUGACGGCGGCGCUUAAGAAUCUCUCGGAACUCGUGAGCAACUGUUUAGCAAUAUUCGCGGCGAGCGCUGACAGUGACGGAAACGAUUUCGCCGGAGUGCCGAUACAGAAUCGGAGGAGGCUUUUGAAAGUAGGAGGAGGAGACGAGAAAUUGACGUUCCCCAGAUGGACGAGGAGAAGAGAGCGCGAGUUAUUGGAAAUGCCGGUAUCUCAGAUACAAGCUGAUAUUAUCGUCUCACAAGACGGCAACGGCACGUGCAAAACUAUAUCGGAAGCCAUCAAGAAAGCUCCUCAGUACAGUACUCGCCGGACUAUUAUCUACGUCAAAGCUGGAAGGUAA